AUGGGUAUCUCUCGUGACUCCCGUCACAAGCGCAGCGCCACUGGUGCCAAGCGCGCAUACUAUCGCAAGAAGAGAGCUUUCGAGAAGGGCCGCCAGCCCGCCAACACCCGUAUCGGCGCCAAGCGGGUCCACCUCGUCCGCACCCGUGGCGGCAACAGGAAGUUCCGCGCCCUCCGCAUUGACUCCGGCAACUUCUCCUGGGGCAGCGAGGGCAUCGCCCGCAAGGUCCGUGUCAUCGCUGUCGCCUUCCACCCGUCGAACAACGAGCUCGUCCGCACCAACACCCUCACCAAGUCCGCCGUCGUUCAGGUCGACGCUGCGCCAUUCCGACAGUGGUACGAGGCACACUAUGGCACACCACUUGGCCGCAGACGCCAACGUGCUGACCAGAAGGAGGAGGAGACCAAGAAGAGCAAGUCUAUUGAGAAGAAGCAGGCUGAGCGCACAAAGACCUCCGGCAAGGUCGAGGCUGCCAUCGAGCGCCAGUUCGAGGCCGGUCGUCUGUACGCCGUUGUUGCCAGCCGUCCAGGCCAGAGCGGUCGUGUCGAUGGUUACAUCCUUGAGGGUGAGGAGCUUGCCUUCUACCAGCGUGCUCUCAGGAAGUAG